AUGAGAACCAGUCCGAGGUCUCGGGUUAAGCAGGAACCUGUAUUCGGGAAGGGAUCGUUGAUGGAUUUCCCGGAUCGGAACUCACGUAUAUCAGAUUUCACGCCUUCUAGGGCCAAUGCGAUGCUGAGUCGGGUAUCCACCUCAAAUCUGUCAGAUUCGACGACACCAACACCGUCAAGCCGAAUCUCAUCAGAGGCAAUUUCAGAAAUUGCCCCAGAAAUCGUCGUCUGGACAGAAAAUAUGGAGCUGGAUGACUCGAGCCAGGACGGGGCAGAGCAUCCUUCCGGCCCAGCAUCAGAACCUGAUUCACCUGUGGCCGAAGACGCGGCUGCUCCAUUGGAUACCCUCCGCAUCCAGUCACACGACACCCCUCACGAGUCUUUCGAGUCCCCGAUGACCAAUUUGUCUGAUCACGACCAGUCUGAGCUCUCAUCGGUGCCAUCGUCGCUGUCUAGUAAGGCAACGACCCCUGUAGACCUGGACGGGCAUACGGACCUCUCUAUACCAUUGGCAGAGACCCCUCCAAUACGCGAGGCAUUGCAGCAGUCCUUCGAUGUAAAACCGAAGUCGUCAAUACCCUCGAAUCUCUCAAGCUUUGAAUAUGCAAGGCAAUGCAUAGAAGCAGCCGAGUCCUCGAGACUAAAUCCUUAUGCCCUGCACCAGGAAGAAUAUCAGAUGCUGCGACAGCAUAUCAGCCAUGUUCAAGUCACCACGUAUCUAAACAUCAGAAAUGGCAUCCUCCGGCUAUGGUUCAACAACCCUCGUGUUGCAGUGACAAGGAAUGAAGCGGUCGGUUGUGCCGGUGCCAGAUGGUUUGACGCUGCAAGCAUAUGUUACGACUGGCUAUUACGACGUGGCUACAUCAAUUUUGGCUGUGUAGAAUUUCCAGCGGCGAACGGUCGAUCCGAAGAGGACCUAGAGGCAGAAGCCCCACUCAACAGGAAGAGGAUUGUGAUUGUCGGUGCCGGUAUGUCCGGCUUAGGUUGCGCCAGACACUUGGACGGCUUAAUACGGCAGUAUGAGGAUCGUUUCCGGGCGCUCGGAGAACCAGUGCCUGAGAUCGUGGUGCUCGAGGGACGAGGGCGAGUGGGUGGAAGGGUCUACUCAAGGGAAUUCAAGACAAAACCGACGUUACCAUUACCCGAAUUUGACGGGGAGCGAUUCACCGCCGAAAUGGGCGGGAUGAUUAUCACAGGCUUCGACCGCGGCAACCCGAUGAACGUUCUCGUGCGCGCGCAAUUGUGCCUCCCAUACCGUGCCCUGCGAUCGGAAACGACAAUUUACGAUUCCAAUGGCAAGCCGGUGGAUUUUGUAAGGGACCAGCUCGUAGAGAGGCUUUACAAUGACUGCUUGGACCGCGUCAGCGAAUACAAGUUCAAAUCACAGCCCGCCAAGCUUAUCGAAGGCAACCGAGACUUGAUAGACGAAGGGCGGGAUGCCGUGAGUGACGGCCACCGGACAAUCAACCAAGCUGAGGAAGCAACGGCGGCUCUGCCACACGCACCGCCCGUCUCGCAACAAAAUGUCCCUGAAAGAGUAAAUCUGGUGCCAGUGUCGUCAGACAAGCUGACUGGCCGCGUUCACACUCAGCCUGGCACACCAGGUGUACUCAAGGCUACCGAAAAAGCCCAGACAAUGGGAUGGGCGUUGAAAGCCGGCUUGGCAAACGACGCCAACAUUGAUCUGAGCGAAGCUGUGGCUCUGCCAGCGACGACCCUCGGUUCGGUGAUGGACGAGGCCGUCCUCCAAUAUCGCAACAUUGUCGACCUUACUGCCCAAGAUCAUCGUCUCAUCAACUGGCACGUUGCAAAUCUGGAAUAUAGCAACGCUACAAAUCUUCAUAACCUCAGUCUAGGUGGCUGGGACAUUGACGCAGGCAACGAGUGGGAAGGCAAACACACCAUGAUUGUUGGCGGCUACCAAAGCGUUCCCAGAGGCCUCAUGCACUGUCCCACGCCUCUAGAUGUCCGCCCGAGAUCUGCUGUCCAGAAAAUCACAUACCAACCACAGGGCAACGGGCGUGCGUUGAUUCGGUGUGAAGAUGGGACGUCGAUCGACGCAGACUACGUCGUCUCGACGAUACCUCUGGGAGUCUUGAAACAUGGCAACGUCGAGUUCGACCCGCCUUUGCCCGAGUGGAAGACGGAAGCAGUCACCCGUAUAGGAUACGGAGUGCUCAACAAACUUGUGCUCGUUUAUGACCACCCAUUUUGGGAUACGCAAAGGCACAUUUUUGGUGUUCUGCGAGACGCUCCGAAUCGCCACAGCUUGAACCAAGAUGACUACGGUUCUUCACGAGGACGCUUAUUUCAGUGGUUCAACGUCACACAGACCACAGGUAUGCCAUGCCUGGUAGCCCUGAUGGCUGGCGACGCUGGGUUCGAUACGGAGCACAGCAGUAAUGAAGAUCUAGUCGCCGAGGCGACAGAGGUCCUGCGUAGCGUCUUCGGGCCCGGUGUGCCUUAUCCUGCUGAGUCUGUAGUCACCCGCUGGGCUUCGGACAGGUUCGCCAGAGGAAGCUACUCUUCAGCCGGGCCAGAAAUGCACCCAGACGAUUACGACGCCAUGUCACGCCCGAUUGGUAACCUCUUCUUUGCCGGAGAGCACACAAUCGGCACCCAUCCUGCCACCGUGCAUGGAGCCUAUUUAUCAGGACUACGCGCGGCAUCAGAGGUCCUGGACUCGGUACUCGGCCCGAUGGAAAUUCCAACACCCCUCGUCCGACCCAAAGGAAGCGUGUCCAACAAGCGCAAGGAGAUGCAAGGCCCCAAGGACCCGGAACAAGUCCGCUUGGAAGCCUACGAGCUGUCCGCCUGGGAGCAUACAAAGUCCAAGAUCGGUGAGCGGCCCGCCAGACCCGCCAAGCUGGCCGCGAACGCCUACCUCCUCUAUAGCAGGGCCUUUUUCGAGGUCGCCCGCAAGAGGUGCGAGGAAGAGCGCGCCGGCAGCAAAAAGAAGACGGCGCCGAACGAGGUGCGCGUCAUGACGUCCAAGAUGUGGAGGGCCGCGUCUCUAGAGGAGAGGAAGCCGUUCGAGGACCAGGCGGUCGCGCAGAAGGCCGCAUACGCCGAGGCCGUCGCGGAAUACGAGGAGAAGUCGGCGCAGUGGGAAAAGGAUUACGUCGAGACCAUGGCGGCGUAUAAUCGGGAACAUCCAUACGUGCCUCUCCAGAACGAGGGGUGCAGUAGUGCUAGUAUGGCGCGCCAGCGGGAGACCAGCGCGCAGAAGCACCGCAGGACCAAGCAUGUCAGCUACGCCGAAAGUGACGGCAGCGAUACGGGGUUUUGA